GAUAAUUAUAAGGUGCAACGCGUGUUUUACUUCUUUAAUAUAUUUUUAGUAGCGCUUCCAAUUACAUAGAAAUUUAUGAUGAUCCAUACUAACUGUGGUAUCGACCAAAAAGCUUUACAUAAAGUAGGAACAUUAUUUUUUGUUGACGGAAUUCUGAGAUCCCUAUCAGACAAGGAUAUCGAAAAAUAUUUCUCUGAAUUUGGUGAUGUUGACUAUUUUUUACUAUGCCGUGACGGAAAAGGUAGAUCAUUUGGCUAUGGUUGGCUUCAUUUUCACGCGCCUAUUCAAAAUUUACAAGUAGAACAUGUUGUGCGCAAUGUCACUCUAAGGGUCCAAAAUGUUGUGACACCCCAACAAGCAGAUAGUUUGCUAAAUAAAAUAAAAGAUUCGAAAGAAAUGUCGAAUACCGCACAACCUAUUUUUAGAGAUAAACGUUCAUUAACACCAAGUUCUUCACGUUCACUUUCAAGCGACAAACCUUACAAUAGACGUCGUCAUGAAACUCCAUCCAAGGAAAGUAGUGUGGAGUGCUCUGAUGCUCAUAAAUUUAACAACAAUAAUACUGAAAUACUUUCUUCGACGUAUCCCGAAGUGCAGGUUUUAAAAUCUUCCGUUGUUUGUGAUACUAGCGUUUACGUGUGUAUUCCCAUAGCCCUUUGUCCGAAAGCCUUUCUUGCUGACCCACAAGUAUUUUGUGCUCGUAUGGAUGCGAGUUCUCCAGGUUUUUUGACUGCUUUAAAUUAUCAGAAUCAGCCAUUACAGGUAAAUAUGUCCAAUCCUUCUAUUCCUCCACAAUACUAUUCUUACAAUGGUCAAGCGAUGAAUUUUUCGUAUCAGACAGGUGGGAUUCCCAUUAGUAUGCAUCCUCAGAUGUAUACAGGCGGAUAUGUUGGCAUGCAGCUACAAAAUCCACCACCACCUGGACCACCACCUAACACAAAUGCUAUUUAAUGCAGAUUUUUUUUGUUAACAAAAAAAUUAUCGAUUGCGAAAAAAAAUAGCGCUCUGUUUUUAGUGAGGUGCUUUAAAUCUAAAUAAAAAUGAACAUGAAAUAAAUAUGAAACACACAAAUUUUUGGAACUUAAUAGUUCUUUUCACGAUUAAAAAUAUUAAACCAUUUCCUAAAAAAAAAAAGAAUGGAUUGAAUUUAAAGGA